AUGGCAGGAAAACAAGUCUGUUGUUUUUUAAGUAACUCAAAUAAAUUUUUAAAAACAAAAUUACCAAUUUCAUGUGUAAUUACUCGUAGUAAUGCUUCGUGGGAACCCAAAGACGCUGUUACUCACACAGGACAGAAAUUCGAUCCUGAAGAUAGAAGAUUGGUGCGAUUUGUUGACAGGCCCAAGGAGGAUAAACCUGGAAAUCACGCAUGUGGCUACUGCGGCUUAAGAUUCUACAAAGAAGACCACCAUCACUAA